AUGACAGCGGUAGAGAUGGCGGGGGAGGAGGUUGCGGCGGAGGUGAUGGCGGAGGUGAUGGCGGAGGUGAUGGCGGAGGUGAUGGCGGAGCCUCCAUUGCCCGCGGCGAAGUACCGUGCAGUGUUGAAGACAAGCCAGCCUCCCUCGUCACCACGUCAACAAAGAAUCCUUGUCGAAGGCAACGCAGUCACAAGCGCAGCUACACCGCGCCCUCCUCGAAGAAGCCUCUUCGAAGACAGGACAGACACUACGUCCUCAUCAAAGAAUCCUCGUCAAACAUGGCAGCCACUGUCAUUAAAUAAUCCUCGUCAAAAACACGGCAGCCACAACCACAGGCUCGGACACCACGGCGUCCUCCCCGAAGAAACCUCUUCGAAGACAGCACAGGCGCUGCAUCCUCAUCAAAGACCAUCCACGACAGCCGCAGCCAACGCCCGCGCCACCAUCGCGUCCUUAUCAAGGCAUCUUCCUGAAAGGCCCGUCAACUACCGCGCGGCGCGUCAGUGGGACACUGGCGGCACCAACGUUUCAUUA